AUUCUCCUCGCAGAUCAGAGAAAAUUUUCAAAUCCUCUUCUCAUAGAAAAGGACCACAAGAUGGCUCGUUCCUCUGGUGAUUGUUCUUCAUCCUGUCGAUUCCAACAUCAGUUGUCUGAGAGGCCCUUUGGAUUGUUGUGAGUGUUUGAAAAUUUGAAGGACCCUUGGCCUUUCACAUUCCUUUCUGGCCUCCAUCAGAGGCCUGUUUUCAUGGUGCUUCUUUUCACAGGACACUUGAUGUGAAAGAAGAGAUUUUCUUAAUCUGGGUCCAGGCAUGAGUUGCUUCCCCUGUUUCUCAUCACACGUGAAACAGAUUAAGAGGGAGCACAUGACUCAAAUCGAAGGCCGUAACGUAUCCGCUGCACCCGGGGCUAAGAAGCAGAAACUAGUCGGCGAAUCCCAAGACAAGCCAAACAAGGUGGACCAUGAAAAAAUCGAAGCGCAACAUUUCACUUUUCGCGAGCUCGCAUCUGCUACAAAUAAUUUUCGACCGGAGCAUCUGUUGGGAGAAGGCGGAUUCAGUAGAGUAUACAAGGGCACUCUUCAAGGUAGCGGCCAGGUGGUGGCUAUAAAGCAACUUGACAGAAAUGGAUUACAUGAAAACAAGGAGUUUCUUGAUGAAGUUUCGACAUUGAGUCUUGUAUGCCAUGACAAUCUGGUCAACCUCCUUGGUUAUUGCGCCGAUGGGGAUCAGAGGCUUCUGGUAUAUGAAUACUUGCCUGGGGGGACUGUGGAAGAUCAUCUGCUUGGUACCAAAAGCUUCCCACCAAACCCAAAAGCAAACAAAAAAGAUAUUGGGCCAAAUGAGGAACCUUUGGACUGGCUCAUGAGGAUGAAGAUUGCGUGUGGUGCAGCGAAAGGUCUGGAGUAUUUGCACGGCAGCUGCAAUCCCCCUAUUAUACAUGGUUAUCUUAAGCCCACAAACAUCUUGUUGGACGAAGAAUUUAAGCCAAAGCUGUCUGAUUUUGGACUGGCGAAGCUUGGAUCUGCUAAUAAUAAGAUGCAUGUGUCGUCAAGGGUGAUGAAGACUUAUGGCUAUUGUGCUCCAGAAUACACAACAACAGGACAGUUAACACCGAAAUCUGAUGUGUAUAGUUUUGGAGUAAUUUUACUAGAACUCAUCACUGGAAGGAGAGUAAUUGACACCACGAAACCCAGCGAGGAGCAGAAUCUAGUCGCUUGGGCAUAUCCGAAAUUCCGAGAUCCUAAACUGUUCCCACAAAUGGCAGAUCCGCUACUCCAGGGGAAAUUUCCCGAGAAAGACUUGAAUCAAGCCGUUGCUAUCUCUGCGAUGUGUCUGCACGAAGGAGCAUCAGUGAGACCGCUGAUGAGUGAUGUCGUGACUGCUCUCAGUUUUCUUUCAGGGGCAUCAGAUGAGAGAUUGUGUUCGUCUCUUGCAGAUCCCGUGCUUCAUUCCCCCGAGGAAGACGAUGGUCAAACAGAACAUGACGUCGACAGUGACAGCAGACAAGAUCACUGCAGAGACCAUUCCGAUGUGUUGGGCAUAGACGAGAAAAUGUUGUCAUGUUAAGAUCAGUUUCCAUGGUGAGAAGAGGGAGUUUUCUGAUCUUGAUGAUAAAAUGGGUGAGAAUGAUGACCAGCAAAUCGUUGGGGAAGCCAAAUGAAUAUAUUCCCAUUCAAGCUACCUCAACAACAUGUCAUUCACCGGAUGAAGAAGCCUCCUUCGGGAAAACGAAAGAAGCAGGAUGCAGAUGAAACGGGAGCAUCUCUCAAGUGGCAGGCAGAAUCAGGUGCCAAUCUCAUGAUGCAGAUGAUGUCUAGAUCAUGAAACCAGCAUGAGAUUGGAAAAGGAGCAGCUUAUGGAUCCUGCAAAAGAUGCUAGGUAGAUGUAGUGAAGGUCCUAGCUUGACUGUCAUACGAAGGCGAGAUCACAGUGGGCGGGAAGUGUUCCUUUAGGUGACAAAGGCGAGCGAGAUCAAUGGAAACAGGAGUGUCUUCUAGGACAUAGAGCAGGUGGGACUGAGAGAUGACAUCUGCUCUGUAUUUUCUGUUUUCACCAGUAUGGAUCACGGUGUGUGAUUAAGCCAAAACAGCAACUGGGACUUGUAGAUGGAAGUGUUUAGUCCUGGAUUCCCAUUGGUUCCAUAGAGUUUUAGCUAGCGUUUACAUUUGAUGUUUCUUUGUGGGAAGGCUUUACGUUUUGAUCUGAAGUCAGUCCUUUUGCAAUUAGGUAGUUUCUUAUCUCUGCAAUUUUUUUUUUUCUGAAAGCACUGU